AUGAAACCUCGAAGACGUGCUGCUCGUCUCUGGCGUCUAUGGCUCCUUCCCGCUAUUGCUCUUUUCCUCUUCUCCCUUUUUCUUCGGCACCACCGCACAUCUUCCGUCCUUAAUGAUGGCGCACGUAUCGCCUACUUCAUUCAAGUGUCCGCAGCCAACCUUCCCCUCCUCAACCGGCUUCUUCUUACUAUUUAUGACCCGUCCAACUUUUACGCUCUACACUUGGACCUCAAGAUCGACGAGCUCAAAGCCCUAGAAUCCAUGCGCUCAGCCUACCACGUGCUCAGUUCACGGUGGGGCGUGGGCUCGGAGCGCAACGUGCCGAAUCUGUUGAUCGUGCGCAGCGAGAUCGUGACAUACCGCGGGGCCACCAUGACAAUGAACUACCUCACAGGCGCCAAUCGGCUCCUUGCAGGGGGUGACUGGGACUACUUUAUCAACCUGUCGGGAGCGGACUACCCGACAGCAUCGCAAAAAGCAAUCCGCAGGCUGCUGGGGAAAGUGGGAAAGGGAAGGAACUUUGUGGAAUGGAAACCGCAAAAUACUUGGAUGGGGUUUGCAGAGAAACGCUUUGGGGAAUUCUACGUGGACACGGGGCUUGCAAAGCUGAAAAGUUCGACAAGUGAAUUCGUAGAUUUGAACGGGACGGAGGUGAGCAAGCAGGUGGAGGGGGUUGAAAGAACCAUGAACCCGUUGUUUCGGGAGCUCGAUUUCACAAUUGCGAAGAGCAGCGGAUGGUUUAUCCUGUCACGGGAAUUUUGCGAGCACUUGCGCGAUGAUAGCGACGCUCGUAAGCUGCUUGCACUUUUGGCGUUUAGCGACGCGUCUGAUGAGCACUACUUCGCAAGUGUGCUGUGGAACGGUGGCGACCGAUGGAGGGGUAGUGUUGUGAAUAGCAAUAUGCGAACGAUAUUCUUUGUGGCGCCGAACGGGAGUUUUGCGAUGGGAGAGGAUGGGCAGAGGUCGAGACAACAUCCGUUCUGGGUGGACGAGGCAGGGGAAGAUGGGGUAUUUCUGUUUGGGAAGCACCUGAAGAAAAGUCCAGGUUUCUUUACAAGAAAGGUGCGAGGGGAUGGGGGGUUUAGGGAUUGGAUGGAUAGGGAGAUGAUGGAGAAAGAGUACGAGGAGAGGUUAGAGAAGAGGUUUGAUCAGGCGGUCAUGGAGGCUGACAGGGUCAGGCGCCUGCACCAGGGGGCGGCUCAAGCUUCUGAGCAUUCCGAUGCCAGCGAGGAUGCCACCAGCAUAUAG